AUAAAGCACCAAUGAAUGCUGGCUGCGCUGGGGCUGGACUGUUACAUUAUGAACCAGCAGUGCAAAGUGUGCGGAGAACCGGCGGCUGGUUUCCACUUUGGGGCGUUCACCUGCGAAGGAUGCAAGUCCUUCUUCGGCCGAUCGUACAAUAAUCUUUCAUCGAUAUCCGAGUGCAAGAACAACGGAGAAUGCAUCAUCAACAAGAAGAACCGCACGGCAUGCAAGGCGUGUCGGUUACGCAAGUGCUUGAUGGUAGGGAUGUCAAAGAGUGGCUCCCGGUACGGACGUCGCUCCAACUGGUUCAAAAUCCACUGUCUGUUGCAAGAGCAGCAGCAAGCCGCUCAACAGCAGGCAGCUAAUCAUAAGGCCGGAGCUCCCCCAGUUCACGGGAUGUUUGGACCACCUGGUGCCUACCCCCAUGGAAUGUACUCGAGGCCGCCCUGCACCAAGGAAGAGCUAAUGCUUCUCGGGUUGGAAGAAUACAGCAAACAUCCAUCGGCAUCGCCAUCGGUCAGUUCCCCCGAUAGCCACAACUCCGACAGCUCUAACGAAAUCAACGAUCGGCGGAACGCUUUACUCCGACAAGGCAAACUCCACGAUUCGCCCACAAUCAACAAGGAGCUCUUCCUACCGCUGCCUUUCGGAGGACUUCCGCUGAUGCCUCCACCGGGCUUCCUACCACCAUCGCAUCUGAUGUUCCCUGGCUUCCACCCAGCCUUAUAUCCCCACCAUCAAGGUCUGCUUAAACCAGCCGACUCACCGAUUCUCAGCAGCUCACCGCUUGCCAACAACAACAGCCGUUUCACACCAAAUCACAACACCAGCAGCGUGAACACCAACUCCACACCCGUGGAAACCAAAUCGCCCGACUCCUUCUCGAAGCGCUUCUACCUGGACGCCGUAUUGGAGUCCCAGCGGUGUCCGAGCAACGAAACGGCUGGCAGCGCCAAAGAGGAACCCGAACCGGAAGAAGUCGUCCCAGCCACUAUGACUCCUCCGCGAUCACCGGCCGCUGUGCCCGCAAGUUCCCAACAAGACAACCCCAUCGAUCUGAGCAUGAAAACCGGCAGCAGUUGUUCUUCGGAGGAUCACAGAACUUCCGUCUCCGGCGCCGACAGCGACGACGAACAGCUCGUGGUCGACACCAACGAUCGCAACUCACCGCUCGCCAAAUACACGAACAACAACUCCCUCCCGAACAACCACCACAAUAACCACAUCAACAACAGUCACCACCACAUCCACAAUCAUCACCAUCAUCAGGUGCGGCAUCAAAGUUCCUCCUCGGUCGGCCAUGGGAGCGCGAGCGAUUCCGACAUGGAAGAUCGAGAAACCGAGUACGAUCGGGAGGUUAAACGGAUGAAACUGCAAGGAACCACCCCGCUGGAUCUGACCACAAAAGUUUGAACAUGCGGUUCCGGAUGUUCACCGCAAAGCCCACCAAAACCAUGUGAGCCGAGAUACGCUCACCGCUGUACAGACUCCUCCCAGAUGGAACGUGUUUUAAACUGUUGUACAUAAUAGUGGAUAGCUGUAGUGUUAGAUAGUUGUUAAUACAAAGGAAGAGAGUGCCUCAUGACAAUCGAUGUAGGGCCAGUUGCGAACAAAAUCGAAUAACAUGUGCCAGUAGCGUUUUACCCUUUCGAGUUUAAAAAAUUAUAUAUUUUGUUUAUAUGAUGUAAAAUAAAAGAAAUAACUAUUCUGUGACAUUCCGAUGGCGCGUGACAGCGCCCGGUUAGGAUCUAGGAGUAUCUCAAUCAGUAAGGACAAUGUGGUCAGUAAGAAACCGAAUCGGUUCCAACUUCCGGCGACGAUCGGGUGGAUUCGAAAUAAACCAAAUUUAUCGUUUGUAACGAUAUCAGUUAAGGACAAUUAAAAUGAUCGACAGAAAGUGGUGGAUGGGAAUUGCGUAAAAUAUUGAAAGAGUGUUCAAUUUAGGAUAUUAUUUGAGUCGUUAGUUCUCAAAACUCUAUUAGACAAGGGGUUAAUCAAACUCAAUCAAUAUUUUACUUAGCAUCUUAUGCCAAAAACUAUCACUGUUGUAACUAUAGAUACAAUACCCGUGUUAUAAACUCAAAUAUUUAUUCAGCUUCCUCUCAAGUAAUAUGAAUCACUCCUCGAGACAGACUCCAACCAUCUCCUCUUGCUCUUGCCAUGACCUCAACCAUCGUAGGCCCACCAGGUCUGCAUUUCUCAAGACGUGUUCAAACACUUCAGAGGCUGAUCUGAAUCACUCCCUGCCACACACCGUAACUCCAACAAACAACGUCAGCUCCACAAAUGCGCCACGUCCAAGUGCAGUCAUUUAUGUCAUCUCGAUGGGUCCUCUAUCCGUGUUGGCAUCGACUAUUGUACGCCUAGAGUGCAUCAGGAUAGCCCUCACCUCCAGUUCUGCUACUGGAAUUCCCCCGUCGCCCUAACCAUCAAAAUCCACUUCCCAUCCCGACGAGUCAUCACUCUUUCAUGUUUCCUAAUCGACCAACGGCUGCAACAAAUUGUAACCGUCACCUAAAGGUGUGAAUCCACCACAAAACGGCUGAGAAACGCAUAAAAAUCUUGAUAUAUAUUACAAGCGUAAAUCCAGAAAUCGCUCGAAGGCAUCCAUUUCAAUAAAUCUGCAUAGGAGCUGGACCGUCGUUGCGGUUCACAGGGAUUGCACGCUCAAAACCUUUCAAACUUACCUCCAUUCAAACAUAUUCCAGUGCUCCGCAGUUUUUGUUCAAUUUAAAACAUUUCAUUUCUAUUGCCACUUGAAACUAUUUUACUGAAAGGAAUUGAAAUUCUCCUGCUUUCAAUCUCAAUUCUUGUCUCAGUCAACCUUAGCGUGCCGCUCGGUGUUGGACCCGGGAGCGUCUUUCUCUCUUCUCAUCAUAAACCUACUCGCUUUUUCCCGCGCUACAGCAGCACUCUGAUUCCAAGUCAGAUCCAGUUCAUCUCCAUAAGACACUUCAACCCCUCUGUCCCCCAUAUCCUUUUUUUCCACCAGUCAGUCGUCGGUGAGAAAAGUUUCUCUGGGCUUCGAACGACUUCGACUUGGACGGAUCACAAAUCAUUCCUGCCCGCCGUCGCUUGCGCGUGGACUCCCAACCACCCAUUCCUUAAUAGUCCAAUUUCUCAUCAUGUGAUGAAAAUAAAAUUAAGGCUUGUAAACUUUCGGAGCAAAACAUUCACAUACAGACCUCUGAGGUAACGCAACACUUCUCCUCUACGGUCGUGCGGCGGCGGCGGCGUCCAGCAGCCCCAACGGUGUGGCGCUCGCUAUCGGAUGCUGACCGGCCGAGGCCAACUACUGCAAACAAAUGACACAAGCACAAGAAGAUAGACGAGAAAAAAGCUGUAAAAUUAAGGUUAGUUAGUCCAAUGUGUAGUUUAAUUUCGUUUUUAAGUGGAACCCAUAAAACACAGUGAAAUAGACAAACACGGGCACAACGCGCACACACAAACUCGCAAUGAUGCGUCCUUACCCCGCCGACCGGUCCCGCAUUCACUAGGAUAGAAAUGAUAAAACCACCACCGGACGGCAGAGGAGACGGUCCAGCCUCCGACGUCCGCGACGAAUUCACACACAAUCGCGUGAGAAUUUGUGGCCUGUGGACCGUUGUAGAAAAGUGAUCUGAUUUGGUGUGCAAAAAAAUAUGCAAAUUCUUUGAGACAAUUCCUAUAAUGGAAAUUACUUGACAUAUCAAAAAUGGCAAUCAAUUUGUCGGGAUUUUUUUUAGCGAAAAGCAAUGGUUUUAGUUUAGUUGUAGGUAAAUCAAAUUGUUGACUAAUGUAAAAAGUUUUAAACUGUAAGAUAUGGAAAGUUUUUUUUCUGAAAAGUAUUUACCAUAUAUGCAAAAAGUGGAACUCCUUUAAAAGACAAGAAUAAAUAUCCUGCUGAAGGAACUUAUUUAAUUCG